AUGUCUGCAGACAGCAAAGCAGCCGCAGAGUAUCUUCAGGAGUUCAAAGAAAUUACAUCCUCCUACUCACCCCAGCAAGUGUACAACGCUGAUGAAACGGGGCUAAAUUUCAAAGCGUUGCCAAAAAAGAGCCUAGCUUCAAGAGAAGAAAAGUCCGCUCCAGGAUUUAAAAUGGAUAAGCAACGACUAACCGUAUUAGCAUGCAGCAACGCUUCCGCCACCAAUAAGAUACCUUUGAUGGUUAUCGGUAAAUCCAAAAAACCUCGAUGUUUUAAAAACAUGAAUAUGAACGCUCUGCCGGUUUACUAUAAAAACCAAAAGAAAGCUUGGAUGGAUCGUGCUUUGUUUCAAGAAUGGUUUGAGAAACAAUUUGUGCCCAACGUGAGAGCCUACAAUGAAGAAAAUGGACUGCCUGAUAGAGCGUUGUUACUCAUAGAUAACGCUCCGUCCCAUCCGGAUGACUUAGAGCUGGUUAUUGGUGAUAUAAAAGCAAUUUUUCUACCACCGAACGUUACUUCGAUCAUACAACCAAUGGACCAAUUUGUUGAAGAGGUUGUUCCACCGGUAAAUGAAUGCGAACUUCUUCCUCUUGUAAAAAAAAUACCGGGAUGCGAAAAUGUAGAGAAGGAGUGUGUUGAUGAGUGGACGGCUGUAGAUGACAAAGGCUUCGAGGAGUACACAGACGAAGACAUCGUGGCACAGGUGCAAGGAGUCCCAGCUGAUGACUCAUGUAGCAGUGAGGAUGAGGGAGACGCCCAAACUACCGAUAUUGUUCCACACAGCGCAGCUGCAAGUGCCUUUGACCUCGCUCUACGCUACGUCGAGCAACUAGCAUUACGCUGCUACUCCCAAUGA